AUGAUUGUCAAAUAUAGUUUGGUGUUCGUAAUGUUGUUUUGCAUCUUUGGCCUGGAUGCAAAGUUAAGUUCACCACCGCAUUGUACUCAAGUCACGAAAGAUUCGGAUUUUAUAUCCCGUUAUAAAAUGAAUUAUCCUGAGGCUUAUAUCCAUCCAGGGCAAAAGGAAGCUUUCCAGAAGCUGUAUUGCAUUAAUCCUGCGGCAGUUAACAAGGGCGUGUCCGUGGUGUGCGACUGGGCUGCUCCUCCGCAGGUGCAGUUCACGAUGGGAGACGAGUACAUGCAUGUGAUUCGACAGGACCCUACCGGCCGAUAUCCUGGCAACGCCGUCAUUAAAACAUACCAGAUCUGCAACCAUACCAAACACCUUCACCUUCAGUCUGACAUAGUAGUCACUGAAACUGAUGAUUUCGAAUAA